AUGGCUGUCGCUAUCUUCCAGAUCAUCCAGACCACCGCGCUCGUAUCGCUCCUGCUGACGGCAGCAGGAGCGAUACGUCGGUUGUACUUUCACCCACUGGCGCACAUCCCAGGCCCCAGAUUGGCCGCUCUGACCUGGUGGUAUGAGUUCUACUACGACGUUGUCCAGCCAGGGCAGUACGUGUUCCAUAUUCAGAAACUACACAAGAAAUACGGACCCAUCAUCCGCAUCACGCCCGACGAGCUUCACGUCAACGACAUCGGCUUUUUGGAUAGUGUAUACGCGCCUUCAUCAAAACGUAGAGACAAGUACGAGUACCAACUUAAGACUUUGCGCGUUCCAGGCGGCGUGGGCACAACCGCCAAUUACGACGUCCACAAAAAAAGACGUGAAGCUCUAAGUCCCUUUUUCAGCAAACGCAAUGUGGUGUACCUAGAGCCAUUGAUUGCUGAAAAGGUCGAGCAGCUGUGCCAGGUUGUUGCGAAACACGCGGCUGAAAAGACGCCUGUCAAUUUGUCAGAUGUUUUCUUCGCGUUUUCGAACGAUGUCGUUACAAACUUUCUCUUCGCGCAACAGAGCAAUAAUCUGGCAGACGAGGCGAAGGCUGCUACGUUGCGCCAGAACAGUUAUGAGCUUUUACAAGGUAUUCACAUCAACAAGCACUUUCCAUGGCUGCCCGAUUUCCUCGAGAGUCUGCCGCUGGCUAUUAGCAAGCCCUUGAUGCCUCCUGGGCUGAUUGACAUGUUGGACUUGUUUGAAAGAGUGCGCACCGAACUGCUGGCCAUCAUGAAAGCAAAAUCGUCGGGAAUCGCCAGCGAGAAACCCGUAGGCCCAACAGGCAAGGAGUCAGUCUACGACUCUGUCCUCGACAGUCCUGUUCUACCGCCAGAGGAAAAGUCGCUUCUCCGUCUUGAGCAAGAGGGUGCACUGCUUGUACUCGCCGGCACCGAAUCACCCAGCAGAUCGUUGCUGAUUCUCUUCUACCAUCUUCUAUCCAACCCGUCCAUCCUGCGCAAAUUACGCGACGAAAUCAACACACUGCCACCAGACGCAACUUGGACCCAGCUUGAGCAGCUCCCAUAUUUGUCGGCAGUCAUCGAGGAAGCCAAUCGACUUUCUUUCGGUGUCACAGCUCGCCUAGCUCGCAUCGCCUAUGAACCGCUCACAUACACUCCGUCCCAAUACGUCAACGCCACAAACUCCAAAUCUUACACCAUUCCCUCUGGCACACCUGUCAGCAUCACGACUCUGAGUGCGCACACCAACGAAACCGUCUUCCCGGACCCGUUCACAUUUGAUCCGGAGCGAUGGCUCGGUGAGGAGGCGCGCGAACGCCGUCGGUUCCAGUUUGCUUUCAACAGAGGCGGACGUAAAUGCUUGGGCAUUGAGCUGGCAGGUGCGGAAUUAUAUCUCAUGACGGCCGCGCUGGUGAGGAGGUUCGAUAUGGCGUUGUACGCGACGGAUGAGACGGAUGUGGGAUUUUUGUAUGAUUAUCAGGUUGCGAUGCCGAAGAUGGAUUCGAAGGGGGUGAGGGUUAAUGCGACAGUCUUAUAG